AUGCAGGAGAGGAUCACAUGCCCGUCUCCUGAUCUCAAGGUUGGCAACUUUGAUGUGAAGUGGAGACCGUGCCUCAGUGUACGCCGUGACCGGGACCGUCGAGUCUCUGUGGUUCGGACAGAAGCAGGAUUCUCCCGUCCCCGUGUGAACGCUGGCUGUUCAGAGAGCUGCAGUGACCUUUUAAAUCCCAGAGCGUGUGAACGCUUCACAUCACAGCCGUCACUUACAAAACCCUUCCAGCUGUCCUGGAACAAAGAGGAGUCGCCUCGUCUUCGGCUUUUUGUUUCAGGAGAAGAGCGUUGGUGUGAGCGUUAUGGAGACCUGCAGGGGGAGCUGCUGUGCGUGGAGCUGGACAAGGAGCGGCAGGGUCUGGGUCUCAGCCUGGCGGGAAACCGGGAUCGUUCCCGCCUCAGCAUCUUCGUGGUGGGACUCCAUGCCGGCGGGCCGGCCGCUCGAGACGGACGCAUCCGGGUCGGAGACGAGCUGCUGGAGAUUAACAACCAGGUUCUUUAUGGGCGGAGUCACCAGAACGCCUCGGCCAUCAUUAAGAGCGCCGCCUCCAAGGUGAAGCUCAUCCUGCUCAGAAGUGAAGACGCUGUAAACCAGAUGGCCGUCCCCCCCUUCUCGACUCCCCCUCCUCCCCCUGUCCUGAGCGCUGAGGUCACAACACACCCACAGUCUGUCUGUCCAGCUCCUCUCGGUGUCUCCGCCCCCACAGAUGGACCGCGCCUACCCACCGCCCUGACGCUCCACCCGGCCUCAGACACACUGGACGAGACGAGCGACGAAGCGGAACAGAACAACAACAACAGAAGCAGCAACGGCGCCGCCAAGAGUCUGAGAGAGGCCGACACUUUCAAAAAGAGGCCAAACGUUGCAGAGUCUCCAGAAAACGAGUUUCCGGCUCCGAGGGCGUCGCUGGAGCAGCAGUCCUGCAGGUCUCACAGCAGCUCCAGUAAACCGACAGCAGCAUCUCCUCCUCUGAUCAGCCCCGACCUGCAGACCGCCAACAGAGACCCAUCAUGCUGUGCGGUGGUUCCUGGCCAGGAGACGCUGCUUGAGAUCUGCAAAGGUCGAUCAGGACUCGGACUCAGUAUAGUGGGAGGAAGAGACACACAGCUGGACGCCAUAGUGAUCCAUGAGGUUUAUGAAGAAGGAGCUGCAGCCAGAGACGGACGACUGUGGGCAGGAGACCAGAUACUCGAGGUGAACGGGGUGGACCUCCGCGGUGCGUCCCACGAGGAAGCAAUCGCCGCGCUGCGUCAGACGCCGGCGAAGGUUCGCAUGACGGUGCUGAGGGACGAGGCUCAGUACAGAGACGAGGAGAACCUGGACGUCUUUAAGGUGGAGCUGCAGAAGAAGAGCGGCAGAGGGCUGGGACUCAGCAUCGUCGGGAAGAGGAGUGGCAGCGGGGUGUUUAUCUCUGAGGUGGUCCGAGGGGGCGCUGCAGAGCUGGACGGUCGCCUGAUGCAGGGAGAUCAGAUUCUGUCAGUCAACGGAGACGACACGAAACACGCCUCCCAGGAAGCUGUCGCUGCCAUCCUGAAGUGUGCUCGGGGUCCGGUCCUGUUGGAGCUCGGACGGCUCAAAGCUGCAUCCUGGAUCUCGUCCAGACGCAACUCACAAGGAAGCCAGGAUGAAAUCCCUAAAUUCCGUAAAGAAUCUUGA